GAUUUCUGCGAUUACUUAUUCUAUUUCCCGGGAAAAUUAAACCCACAUGAAUCUGUUUCGUAACUUAACUGAUUCAUCGGCUUGAAAUAGAUAUUCUUCACAAAGUUUCAAGCUUUUCGUUUUGAAUUCUCAAUCCACAAUUCAUGGGGAUCUGUCAUGGUAAACCAAUCGAGCAACAACAAUCAAAAAGCCUCCCAGUUUCCGGCGAAACAGAUGAAGCUCCGACGAAUUCACAGCCACCAGCUAAAUCUUCCGGCUUUCCGUUUUACAGUCCAAGUCCUGUACCUAGCUUAUUCAAAUCCUCACCUUCCGUAUCUUCGAGCGUGAGCUCAACGCCUCUUCGUAUCUUCAAGAGACCUUUCCCUCCUCCUUCUCCUGCUAAGCACAUACGAGCUUUCCUCGCGCGUCGCUACGGCUCUGUCAAGCCCAAUGCGGUUACGAUUCCUGAAGGUAAAGAAUGUGAGAUUGGUCUCGAUAAGAGUUUUGGGUUUUCGAAACAGUUUGCUUCACACUACGAGAUUGAUGGUGAGGUGGGUCGUGGACAUUUUGGGUAUACUUGCUCUGCUAAGGGUAAAAAAGGUACCUUGAAAGGUCAAGAAGUUGCUGUUAAAGUUAUUCCUAAAUCUAAGAUGACAACUGCAAUUGCGAUUGAGGAUGUUAGUAGAGAAGUGAAGAUGUUGCGGGCUUUGACUGGUCAUAAGAACCUAGUCCAGUUUUAUGACGCGUUUGAAGAUGAUGAAAAUGUUUACAUUGUCAUGGAAUUAUGCAAAGGUGGUGAACUCUUGGACAAAAUACUUCAAAGGGGUGGAAAAUACUCAGAAGAUGAUGCUAAAAAAGUUAUGGUUCAGAUUCUCAGUGUUGUGGCUUACUGUCAUCUACAAGGUGUGGUUCACCGUGACCUUAAACCCGAGAACUUUCUUUUCUCUACGAAGGAUGAGACUUCUCCUCUGAAAGCAAUUGAUUUUGGUCUUUCUGACUAUGUCAAACCAGACGAGAGGUUGAAUGAUAUUGUAGGAAGUGCUUACUACGUGGCCCCGGAAGUUUUACACCGUACAUAUGGAACAGAAGCUGACAUGUGGAGUAUAGGAGUGAUUGCUUAUAUUCUUCUCUGUGGCAGUCGACCCUUUUGGGCCCGUACUGAAUCUGGAAUCUUUCGAGCUGUCCUAAAGGCAGAACCGAAUUUUGAAGAAGCUCCUUGGCCAUCCCUAUCACCUGACGCUGUAGAUUUUGUGAAAAGAUUGCUUAACAAAGAUUACCGUAAACGACUAACUGCGGCCCAGGCUUUGUGUCAUCCCUGGCUGGUUGGCUCACAUGAACUAAAGAUUCCAUCUGAUAUGAUCAUAUACAAGCUUGUAAAAGUGUACAUAAUGUCAACUUCAUUGAGAAAAUCGGCUUUAGCGGCUCUUGCCAAGACAUUAACUGUACCGCAGUUAGCUUAUCUGCAGGAGCAAUUCACAUUGUUGGGGCCAAGCAAAAAUGGAUAUAUUUCGAUGCAAAACUACAAAACAGCAAUCCUAAAGAGUUCAACAGAUGCUAUGAAGGAUUCACGAGUGUUAGAUUUUGUUCACAUGAUAAGUUGUCUUCAAUACAAGAAACUAGACUUUGAAGAGUUUUGUGCUUCAGCAUUAAGCGUUUAUCAGCUUGAAGCAACGGAAACAUGGGAACAACAUGCACGGCGUGCUUACGAGUUGUUUGAGAAAGACGGGAAUAGACCCAUCAUGAUUGAAGAACUUGCAUCGGAACUCGGACUCGGGCCAUCAGUGCCGGUGCACGUUGUUCUCCAGGAUUGGAUAAGACAUUCUGAUGGCAAGCUUAUCGCCGUUGCAUUUCUCUUCCUUUUCACUUCGGUGAUCUCCACGGGAGGAUUGGCUUUACCGUAUCGGACAACCCUAAUUGGUUAUUUCGUGAGGUCAACUCGAAGCAAGAGACAGCAUAGUUUUUCUGACAAGUACUUGUAUUGGGGAAACAGAAUCGAUUGUCCUGGUAAGAACUGCGAGACCUGUGCCGGUUUAGGUCACCAAGAAUCUAGCCUUAGAUGUGCACUUGAAGAAGCCAUGUUUCUUAACAGGACUUUUGUAAUGCCAUCUCGGAUGUGCAUCAAUCCAAUACAUAACAAGAAAGGUAUACUUAAUCGAUCCAAUAAUGAAACUACAGAGGAAAGUUGGGAAGUUAGCUCGUGUGCAAUGGAAUCACUGUAUGAUAUUGAUCUCAUCUCUGAGAAGAUACCUGUGAUUUUGGAUGACUCGGAAACAUGGCACAUUGUGCUAUCGACGAGUAUGAAAUUGAAAGAACGAGGAAGUGCGCAUGUAUAUGGGGCCAACAGGCAUGAGCUAAAUGAAUCUAGCCACUUUUCAAAUCUUUUGCUCAUUAACCGAACCGCAAGUCCCCUCGCAUGGUUUGUUGAAUGCAAGGAUCGAGGUAAUCGUAGCGAUGUCAUGCUUCCUUAUUCAUUUCUCCCGAAUAUGGCAGCAUCAAGAUUGAGAGAUGCUGCCGAAAAGAUAAAGGCACAACUUGGUGAUUACGAUGCAAUCCAUGUUCGUCGAGGUGACAAACUGAAGACAAGAAAAGACAGGUUUCGCGUUGAAAGAACUCAGUUUCCACAUUUAGAUAGAGACACACGUCCAGAGUUCAUCAUUGGUAGAAUUCAGAAGCAGAUCCCACCAGGACGGACUCUUUUUAUCGGUUCUAAUGAGAGAACCCCUGGAUUCUUUUCACCUCUAGCUAUCAGGUAUAAAGUGGCUUAUUCAUCGAAUUUUAGUGAGAUUUUGGAUCCGAUAAUCGAAAACAAUUAUCAGUUGUUUAUGGUGGAGAGGCUGAUAAUGAUGGGUGCAAAGACAUUCUUCAAAACAUUUAGAGAGUACGAAACGGAUCUAACUUUGACAGAUGAUCCGAAAAAGAACAAGAAUUGGGAAAUACCAGUUUACACCAUGGAUAAAGGCAAAGAAGCAGCAAGCUAAACUAUCCAUGAUCUCACUAGCAAAAGACUACACAACGAUUCAGACAAGAGUCUCAUCACUUUUCAAUUACUUGGAGUUAAAAGCCUAAUCUUGUCUGAAGAUUCUAUUGCCGGUACUCGAAGAAAUCUGUGUAUGUGAAACCAGAGACUAACAGACUAGAGCACUUUCUUGCUACUUGGCUGUUUCAUUUUUGUGUAAAUCAAUCUGUUUAUUGUUACUUUAAUGUUGAUUUUCAUCAGAGAUAGUUUGUUUCAAAUAAAACAUUCGAGUUAAG